AUGGCUCCUUCAUAUAACAUCCGUCCCGAAAACACGCUGAGACGUGCCGAGGACCUCAUUGCCGUGGGCCAGAAAGAUGCUGCUUUGCAGACGCUUUACGACUUUGUCAGCUCGAAAAGAGCCAGAUCUGUGGUUCCUGCUGAUCUUGAGCCAAUUGCUCUUUUGUUUGUUGAUUUGGGCGUGGAGCUCAGAAGUGGUAAGCUUGUCAAGGACGGUUUGCACCAGUACAAGAAGAACGUUCAGGGAAACGAGUAUGGUUUCCAAUCUGUUGAGACUGUGGUGAAAAAGUUCCUUGACAAGGCCGAAUCCAAGUUGAACGAUGCCCAAUUGAAGGCUGACGACGUUGCUGCCACUUUGGAGGCAGAAGCUGCCCAGUUCGAGGAAGAUGACGAAGAUGGAGAAGACGACGAAAACAGAAGAGUCGUCAUUUCUCCAGAAGACGUGCUCAUGUCCAGUGUUUCUACAGACGACACCAAGGACCGUUCCGACAGAGAGCUUGUUGUUCCAUGGUUGAAGUUCUUGUGGGAGGCAUACAGAACUGUUCUGGACAUUUUGAGAAACAACGCCAAGCUCGAGGUGGGCUAUGCUGCUGUUGUUUCGCAGGCAUUCGGCUUCUGUGUCAAGUACAACAGAAAGACGGAAUUCAAACGUUUGUGCGAGAUGUUGAGAACCCAUUUGCAAACAGUGACACAAAAAUCGGCUACUAAGCACCAGAUAGAAAACCCAAUCGAUCUCUCGGACCCUGACACUUUGCAGAGAUACCUCGAGACCAGAUUCAACCAGUUGAACGUUUCCGUUAGAUUGGAGCUCUGGCAGGAGUCUUUCCGCACGGUUGAGGACGUCCACACUUUGAUGACCAUCUCCAAAAGACAACCAAAACCAAGCAUGAUGGUCAACUACUACGACAACCUGGCUAAAAUUUUCAGUGUCAGUGACAACAGACUCUUCCAUGCUGCUGCCAGACAGAAGUUCUUCUCUUUGUUUGUUCAGUCUCCAAUUGCCACGGAUGCUGAGCUCAAACACUAUGCAUCUUUACAACUCUUGUCUGUUCUAGCUGUUCCAGUGAAUCUUUCGUCCAAGACCGACGACUUCAUCAAGAGAAAGAACAACAGAUUGGCUAUCUUGCUCAACCUCUCUAAGGUUCCAACCAGAGAGUCCCUUUUGGAGCAAGUUGCUUCCAGAAACGUCUUGAGCAUUGUUGACCCAGUUCUUGCCAAGUUGUACAAGCUCAUGGAGAAAGACCUCCACCCAAUCUCGUUUGCUUCCGAAGCCAAGGGUAUCUUCCAGUAUUUUGAGGAGAACAAGGAGUUCCAUAUGUACAUCAAGCCAUUGACCAGUGUGAUCUUGGACAAAUUGUUUGAGCAAAUCUCCCAGGUUUACGAGACCGUCAAGCUUGACUUCUUGGUGAAGUUGUCUACUUUCGAAGGUCAAUUCAAGCUCACUCCAAUUGAGAUCGAGACCCAUCUUUUGAGAGCUGCUGCUUCGAAUUUGCUUUCCGUUAAGAUCGACCACGAGGCUAGAGUGAUCUCCUUCAAGGCUGACACUCUGGAGAACUCGUUGCUCAGCUCGAUUCCCCUCAACGUUUCCAACAAGGUUCAAAGCACUCCAACCGAUCUUAUCAGAUCUCAUCUUUCUACUCUUGCCAAAACCUUGAGAGAGUCUGUGAGACUGAUCGAUCCGCUUGUGGUGCAGGAGGAGGAAGACCUCAAGCAAAAGAUCAGCGUUCGUGCCAAUGCCGAGUUCGCAGAGGAGAAACAAGAGAUCUUGGACCGUGCCACCAUUUUGGAGAACAGACAAAAGGAGGCUGCUGAGAUCAAGCGUCGUGAUGAGGAGGCUGCCGCGAAGGCUAGAUAUGAGAAGCUUGCUGCUGUCAAGAAGGCGGAGCAAGAAAGAGUGGAGCAAGAAACCGCCAAGAGAUUGGAGGAGAAGCGCAGAAAGGAGCUUGAGGCCAUCCAAAAGGCCGAGAAGAAGAAGCUGCUCAACGAGAUUAAUGCCAAGGGUAUUAUCAAGCUUGACAUGGACGCCAUGGAGAAGCUGGACGGAAGGGAGCUGCAAAAAAUGCAAAUCGACAAGCUUGAGCAGGACAGAAAGGUUCUUGAGGAACGGAUCGAGGCUACUGCCAAGCGGUUUGACUACAUUGAAAGAGCUCAGCGCAAAUACGAGAUUCCACUGCUUGAGCCUGAGGCUGAAGCUCAGAAGAGUCGCGAGCUGGAGGUGUAUGCCGAGAUGAAGGAGAAGCUUAUUGCGAAUGCCAAGAAGGAGCAUGAAGAGUCUUUGAAGAUCAAGCAGAGAUUGAGUAGAUUGAUUCCGGACUACGAGCAAUUUGUGUCUCAGAGAGAGAAGGCCGAGCGCGAGGCGUACGAGGCCAAGGCGAAGGAGGCCCGGGAGAAGUUCGAGCAGGCCAAACAGGAGCGUAUUGCUGCGUUUGUGGCCAAGAAGAAGGCCGAGUUCGAGCAGGAGCAAAAGGCCAUGGCCAACGCAGACGAGCGUCACAGAAAGGAGGCUGCCGAAUGGGAGUCGAACCUGAAGAACAUGACGUUCACGGAGAGAAUGAAGCUCAAGAGAGCCGGCCAGUGGCCGCCUGUUCCUCCAGCACACCUGCAAAAAUACAUCUCUCUCAAAUUAUAG